CAGGGCCUGAUAACAAAGGAAUUUACAAAGGUGAUCGAGAGUCCAGCGGAAAAUACACAUUUGCUGCCCACAUGGAUGGAACUUACAAGUUCUGCUUUAGCAACAGAAUGUCCACCAUGACGCCCAAGAUAGUGAUGUUCACUAUCGAUAUCGGGGAAGCUCCGAAGGGGCAAGACAUGGAGACAGAAGGUGGUGGAGAUACCUGGGAUGCUCAUCAGAACAAGCUAGAAGAGAUGAUUAAUGAGUUAGCAGUGGCCAUGACAGCUGUAAAGCAUGAACAGGAGUACAUGGAAGUUCGUGAAAGAAUACAUAGAGCAAUUAAUGACAACACAAACAGCAGAGUGGUUCUUUGGUCGUUCUUUGAAGCUCUUGUACUAGUUGCCAUGACACUGGGACAAAUCUACUAUCUGAAGAGGUUUUUUGAAGUCCGAAGGGUUGUUUAAGAGUACUUUUCCGGUCCCGGAUUUCAGUUCACUGUCUACCAAACAUCCUGGUCACAAAAAAGUCAUUUAGUUUCUGAACCCUCUUUACUGAACUGUAAAACUUAUUUGCUUAUGUUCCUUCCUAGUUAAAAAUGAAUUGUUUUUAUAUAUCUUCUGUAGCAAAAGCUAUGCUGAAAUCGUGUCACUUAAUUGGCAUAAUUUUUUUCACUUAAAUCUGCCUAGUCUGUAUGCUAAGCGAGGUCCAAGCAAGCUGCAAAUGCUGUAAUUCAACUGUAGUAACAAGCAAUGUCGAUGUCUUUUCUAACUUUUUUCCCCCCUGUUUUCAUAAAUACUUGCAGUUCUCUCUAGGGAAACGGUACAAGGCCCUAACAUGACUGUUUGCGUUUUUGACCUCUUUAACCCUGCAAUAGUUGUUACGAAAUCCAAAUAAUCCCUUCUUCACUUAAAUAAACUGCCAAGGAGAAGUGAUUGGAACUU